CAUUGGUUCUCUCUUUGUCGUCCCUUCAAAUUCAAUUUUUUCGGCCUGCACCGCACAGACGAUCUUGGGAGCUUUGCAUUUUGGGUUUUUCUUGUAGCACAUCGCCAUGGCUUUUGAGAAAAUUAAGGUCGCCAAUCCCGUCGUUGAGAUGGACGGAGAUGAAAUGACUCGUGUGUUCUGGAAAUCAAUUAAGGACAAGCUUAUUUUCCCAUUCGUUGACUUGGACAUCAAGUACUUUGACCUUGGCCUUCCCCAUCGCGAUGACACUGAUGAUAAAGUUACAGUUGAAUCUGCUGAAGCAACUCUUAAGUACAAUGUAGCAAUCAAGUGUGCAACUAUCACUCCUGAUGAAGCUCGUGUCAAGGAAUUUGGCUUGAAACAGAUGUGGAGAAGUCCUAAUGGGACUAUUAGAAACAUCUUAAAUGGCACUGUUUUUAGAGAACCAAUCCUCUGCAAGAACGUACCUCGACUAGUCCCAGGUUGGACAAAGCCUAUAUGCAUUGGAAGGCAUGCUUUUGGAGACCAAUACCGAGCAACUGACGCAGUUAUUCAGGGAGCGGGGAAACUGAAAUUGGUUUUUGUUCCAGAAGGAAAAGAUGAGAAGACAGAGUUAGAGGUGUACGACUUCAAAGGAGCUGGAGGAGUAGCAUUGUCCAUGUACAACACUGAUGAGUCAAUUCAUGCAUUUGCUGAUGCUUCAAUGAACACUGCUUAUGAGAAAAAGUGGCCACUUUAUCUUAGCACAAAAAAUACAAUCCUAAAGAAAUAUGAUGGAAGAUUUAAGGACAUAUUUCAAGAAGUUUAUGAGGCUAAGUGGAAAUCAAAGUAUGAAGCAGCCGGGAUCUGGUAUGAACACCGUCUCAUUGAUGACAUGGUGGCUUAUGCUCUCAAGAGUGAUGGUGGUUAUGUCUGGGCAUGCAAGAACUAUGAUGGAGAUGUACAGAGUGAUUUCUUAGCUCAAGGUUUUGGAUCUCUUGGACUAAUGACGUCUGUACUGGUCUGUCCCGAUGGAAAGACAAUAGAGGCAGAAGCAGCCCAUGGUACAGUUACCCGUCAUUACAGGGUUCACCAGAAGGGUGGUGAAACCAGUACAAAUAGCAUAGCCUCUAUCUUUGCUUGGUCAAGAGGGCUUGCACACAGGGCAAAGUUGGAUGACAAUGCUAGACUUUUGGAUUUCACUCAAAAUUUGGAAGCAGCUUGUAUUGGAACUGUAGAAUCUGGGAAGAUGACCAAGGAUCUUGCACUUAUUAUCCAUGGGUCAAAGCUUUCCAGGGCUGAUUAUCUGAAUACUGAAGAAUUCAUUGAUGCUGUCGCGGAUGAGCUGAGAGCAAGACUUUCCGGCAAAGCAUAAUUGCCUUGCUGGGGACUAUGAAGACGGAAAGCUUUUCUCUCGGUGUUUGGGCAUCCGUUAUGGGACAGAAAUAAAGGAGAAAGUGAUGAGACACAAGUAGCGGUGGGGGGGAUGGGUUCGUAGUUUUCUUCGGAUCCAACAUUCGAUCAUACUCGUGAUUGAUUACUUUCAUAUCAAAACAUUCUAACGAUGCUAUUGUUGUGUUUUCUUCAGUACUCUUCAAUUGAAAAUUUUCUCAUUCAACAACUGAAUUUGCAUUUUGUUGGGAA